UAAUCUUUCUUUUUGGAUUUUAGUUUGUGUUGUUGGUUGGUUGUUUGUUUGUUUGUUUGUUGGUUGGUUGAUUCGUUCAUUUUUUAAAAUUCGUAUUGGCUGUUUUGUGUGAUUUACUAUAAUAAUUCCAUCCAUUUACAUUCAAUUUCAUUCCGAUUUCGAUUUUGAUUUUAAUUAGUUUGUGUAAACAUCAUCAUCAUCAUUAUGUGUGGAAUAUUUGCCGUACUUAAUUAUUCAAAAAAUGAUGAUGUAAAAAAAAUUCGUCAAAAAGCAUUGAAUCAUUCGAAAAGAAUUCGUCAUCGUGGUCCAGAUUGGUCAGGAUGUGUUAUAUCGGAUAAUAAUAUAUUUUGUCAUGAACGUUUAGCUAUAAUUGGUGUUGAUUCAGGUGCCCAACCAAUUGUUAGCCAUGAUAAAUCAUUAAUAUUAACUGUUAAUGGUGAAAUUUAUAAUUAUCGUAAAUUGAAAAAUAAAUUAUUAAAAGAUUGUCAAUUUGUUACCUAUUCGGAUUGUGAAGUAAUUAUACAUCUUUAUCGUAUGUUUGGUAAUGAUUUUGUUAAAUAUUUGGAUGGAAUAUUUUCAUUUGUAUUAUAUGAUAAUAAUAAUAAAUCAUAUUUGGUUGCAAGAGAUGCUAUCGGUGUAACAACACUUUAUUAUGGUUAUAAUAAAAAUCAACCAGAAACAUUAUAUUUUGCAUCCGAAAUGAAAUGUUUAAAUGAUUUAUGCGAUACAAUAAUGUCAUUUCCACCUGGACAUAUUUAUAAUUCAAAACAAAAAUCUUUUCAACAAUGGUAUCAACCUGAAUGGUAUAAUGAAUCAUUGAUACCCACUAAACAGCCAGUCGAUUAUGAAAUGAUACGUAAAAAACUGACAAAAGCUGUUAAAAAACGUUUAAUGUCUGAAGUACCAUAUGGUGUAUUAUUAUCAGGUGGUUUAGAUUCAAGUGUUAUUGCAUCAAUUGCAGCACGUGAAACACGUCGUAUGCUUAAACAUGAAUUCGCUGCUAAUAAUCAAUUUUUUAACAAAUCAUCAAAUGAUGAAGAUUUAGUAAUAGCAAAUAAUGGUGAUAGUAGUGGUGGUAGUAGUAGUGAUGAACAAUCUGAUUCUUAUUGGCCAAGAUUACAUUCAUUUUCGAUUGGAUUACCAGGAUCCCCUGAUUUAGUUGCAGCAAGAGAAGUUGGUAAAUUUCUUAAAACUGUACAUCAUGAAUAUACAUUUUCAGUACAGGAAGGUUUGGAUGCAAUUUCCGAUGUUAUUUAUCAUUUAGAAACAUAUGAUGUAACAACUGUUCGGGCAAGUACACCAAUGUAUUUGUUAUCAAGAAAAAUCAAAGCAAAUAGUGUUAAAAUGGUAUUGAGUGGUGAAGGUUCGGAUGAAAUAUUUGGUGGUUAUCUUUAUUUUCAUUCAGCACCAAAUGAACAAGCAUUUCAAGAAGAAACAGUUAAACGUGUUAAAAAUCUUCAUACAUCGGAUUGUUUACGUGCAAAUAAAUCAACAAUGGCAUGGGGUCUUGAAGCACGUGUACCAUUUUUGGAUAAAGAUUUUCUUGAUACGGUUAUGAAUAUUGAUCCAAGAGAAAAAAUGUGUUCGAAAAAUCGUAUUGAAAAAUAUAUUCUUCGAAAAGCAUUCGAUACAUCGGAUGAUCCGGAUAAAGAACCAUAUCUACCGGAUAGUAUUUUAUGGCGACAAAAAGAACAAUUUUCUGAUGGUGUUGGUUAUUCAUGGAUUGAUUCAUUGAAAGCAGAAGCUGAACAUCGUAUAACUGAUCAAAUGUUUGAUUUACGACAUGAACGAUGGCCAAUGGAUACACCAAUGACUAAAGAAGCAUAUUGGUAUCGUGAAAUAUUUGAAAUGCAUUAUCCACAACCAGCUUGUAUGGAAAGUAUUGUACGAUGGAUACCACGAACUGAUUGGGGUUGUCCAAUGGAUCCAUCUGGCCGUGCACAAAAAUCACAUAACCAAGCAUAUGUUAAAUCUACAGCAACAAUCAAUGGCAACAAUACAAACAAUAUCGAUGAAAAUGGUCAUUGUAAAACAACAAUUGUAAACAAUGGACAGAAUAACAACAUUACAACAAUGACAAAUGGUUCGAUGGUACAUUAAUUCCAAAGAAUUCAGAAGAAGCAAUCAAAGAAAGAAAAAAAAUCCCUAAACCCUUUUUGUCCAAAUUAAAUAGAAAUUAUUA